AUGCAGCCGGUUGACUGGGCAGUUGCGCAGAAGGGAAAGCGAGUUAGAGUAGUCCUUAGAACGGGUAAAGUUUAUACUGGAGUUUUGGUUAAUUAUGACGCGAAUGUUAACCUUUUAAUGAAUGAGUUAGUGCAUUGGAAUACGGAUGAGAAGAUUGGCCGGGCUAUUCUUAGUGGGGCAACAGUAGCUUACAUUGAAGCUAUCAAUUAG